UGACGAAUGAAUAACAGCGCGCGACUGCGCGCCCGCGCCUCUCAUUCAGGUAGCGACUGGGGCCGCGAGCGCACCAGACUUUGUUAUCAAUUCGACCGGUCAAAUCAAAUUCAAAAUGGUUGUCAUUAAUCUCGAAAACCCGGCUGUUCGCUCAUACAUGGUGUACUCGGCCAUACUGGCGCUGAAGCUGCUGUCGGUAUCAGUGCUGACGGCCAUGAACCGCAUGGCGCGCGGAGUGUUCGCUAACCCGGAGGACGCCAAGACACACCCGAAAGGCAAGGUCAAGUUCGACGACCCGAACGUGGAGCGCGUUCGUCGCGCGCAUCUCAACGACUUGGAGAACAUCCCGGCGUUCUGGAUUCUGGGCGCGCUGUACGUGGCGACGGGCCCGGCGCCGGCGUGGGCCGCGUGGCUGUUCCGCGCCUACACGGCCGGCCGAGUGCUGCACACGCUGGUCUACGCCGUCACGCCGCUGCCGCAGCCGGCGCGCGCCAUCGCCUUCUUCGUGCCCUACCUGAUCAUGUGGUACAUGGGCAUCCAGGUGGUGCUGAACUUCGCCACCGCUCUAUCUUACUUCUUUUACUCCGCUGUAUUGGCCCUAAAAGUGUUGCUGACGGCCAUGCUGACGGGGCGCGUGCGGUUCGCGAAGAAGGUGUUCGCGAACCCCGAGGACGCGAAGGGCAAGGGCGUGGUGAAGCUGGACGACCCCGACGUGGAGCGCGUGCGGCGCGCGCACCUCAACGACCUGGAGAACAUCCCGGCGUUCUGGGUGCUGGGCGCUCUGUACGCGACCACGGGCCCGGCGGCGGCGUGGGCCGCGUGGCUGUUCCGCGCCUACACGGCCGGCCGCGUGCUGCACACGCUCGUGUACGCCGUCACGCCGCUGCCGCAGCCGGCGCGCGGGAUUGCCUACGGCAUUCCAUACCUCAUCAUGUGGUACAUGGGCAUUCAUGUGGUGAUACACUACGCCAGCGCUCUGUGAGUGAAGCUGGACGACCCUGACGAGAAGCGAAGCGAAGCGCCCCGGCGCGCGUACUGGAACGACCGACAGAUCAUCCGUUGGUGUUCUGGCUAUGCCGGGUGGUAGACUGCGUGCUGCUGAUCCGGCUGGUGCCGCUAAGCCACGAUGCAUACGCUGGUGUACACCGCGGCGGCGCUACCGCAGCCCGCGCCUCCUCGCCGUCAUCGCGCUCAACGCCGCCGCCGUCAACUGCUUCAUGAGGUUCAGGGUCAUCGUCUUCUACGCUACAGCGCCUUGUGAGCGGGCGCAGCGGCUUAGAUUAUUUAUUAUGCCAAUUUUCUAUAAAUAUUUACGAAUUUACAAUAAAUAAUUUUUGAUUUAAAUACAUAAUUGAUAAAUA